AUGGCGGUUAGCGAACUUAUUAUUAGAAAGCAAAGCAACCAUGAACAACAACAACAACACUUUACACUCAUUUCCAAAAGGUCAAAAGGGAUUGGGCAGAAUGAACCAAUGAGAUUGUGCAAUUUCGAGUUGUAUGGACCACCUCAUCAACCCUUUAUGCUUUUCUUUUGUGGAUUGCCCAAUUCCAACUCAAUACUCAUCACUCAACCACACAACACAUUUAUUUUUACUUCUAGUAAAGUUUCGCUUACUGAUGUACCUGACCUGGCUGAUGGGGAGAGGGACUUCGCCUUGUCUUUGUUGUCGGAUUGUCAUAUGGGCGAGGUGACUAGCGGCGUUCCUAAUCCCUCUACAAUCGCCGUGCCGAAUCCGACGCCUGAUUCGGUGAAUCCUAAUCUUGAUCCUGCUUCUGAAGAAGAAAUCUUCUGGGUGUCUAUCGAGGAGGCACCUCGGUUUGCUGCUUGGGCGGACGCGCAAAAUCCGCCUCGUCUUUCAAACGUCGCCAUUCUUCAUGCUUGCAUGGAGAAUAUUAUGAUAAAAGAGGACAUUGAGUCCAUUGAUCGCGAACAUGGCGAUAGUUUGGCUGAGUUCGCCUGUCUUGGCGGUUUUUCGGUGGUCCAGUCCAUCGCUGUUUUGGAGCGCCGCCGAAGGGAUGCGGUGGAUCAAUUGAAGAAGCUCCAGAGAGAUUCCGAAUCCUGGCUCUCCGAGAAACAAAAGAUGGAGGAGGAGGCUGGCGAGGCGACUGGUCUGAUCCAACAGCUGAGGUCCUCCGUAUCUACCAAGACUCGGGAGAUUUCCGCUUUAGAGGCUCGGGUUCGAACUUUGUCCGAGGAAGUCGAGUCUCUACAGUCUUCUUCAGGUGCUCUCACUAAGGAGAGGGAUGAUCUGAAGAAAGAAGAGGGGCGUCUCCGCCGGCGAUUGGGUGACUCUGGGAGCUUUUAUUCCCAAGUCAUGACUCAAUACCGGUUGGCGAUCGGGGCAAAGCUGCGGGAGCAGAAUCCUGGCGUCGAUCUUUCUGGAGUCAAUCAGUUGGAUCCUGCUUCUUUGGCGAAGGAGGUGAAGGCGAAGCUUGAUAAGCAGAAGCAAGACGCUUUGAAUAAGGCUUAGUUUUUAUUUUCUCCUUUUUGUAUUUUUUGCUUUUUAGUAUUUUUUGCUUUCGCCUUUUUUUGUAUUGGAUCGUGGGCGGAUCCUUUGUAAUUUUGCUUCUGUGAAUAUAAUGAUCUUUUGACCA